AUGGACCCUAUAAAGUAUAUAUUCGAAAAUCCUUCUAUUUUUGGUAGAAUUACAUGGUGGAAAAUGUUGUUAACCAAAUAUGAUAUCCAAUAUGUGACCCAGAAAGCAAUAAAGGGGAGUGUUAUGUCGGACUACCUUUCCCACCUACCUGUGGAAGGUUAUCAACCAUUGAGGUUCGACUUUCCAGACGAAGACAUCAUGUUUAUCAGAGACUUCAUUAUGCCAAGAUCUAAGAUAAUCCCUGAGGAAGGCCCCGAACCAGGAUCGCGAUGGACACUCGUGUUCGUCGGUGCUUCCAAUGCUCGUAGUCAUGGCAUAGGUGCGGUUAUCACUUCUCCAACCGGUUUCCACCUUCCAUUUACCACCAGAUCAUGUUUUGACUGCACUAACAAUAUGGCAGAAUAUGAACCAUGUAUCUACGGUUUUGAGGCGGCCAUCGACUUAAGGAUCAAGAUUCUUGAUGUGUAUGGUGAUUCAUCUCUGGUAAUAAGUCAGGUAAAAGGUGAUUGGGAGACUCACGAUAGCAAGUUGAUACUCUAUAAAGAGCAUAUUAGAAAACCGGUACCCUACUUUGAUGAAAUAUCUUUUCAUCAUAUUCCCAGGGAAGAAAAUCAGUUAGCAGAUGCUCUAGCUACAUUGGCAUCUAUGUUCAAAGUCAAAUGGAAGAAUGAAGCGCCAACUAUCCAUAUUGACCACAUAGAUGAACCAACAUAUUGUCUAGCAAUUGAGGCUAAUCCUGAUGAUAAGCCCUAG